AUGAAUACAGAUGUUCAGAUACAUUUAGUGCACGUUCAACAGGUUGAAGUACCUGCUGUGGAAACAACAUAUUGGUGUAAAACUAUCGAACUCCCCUAUUUCUCGAAGGAACAUCAUAUAAUCAGGUAUGAAAGUGACAUCAUGCCAACAAGUCAAGGACUAAUUCAUCAUAUGGAAAUCUUUCGUUGUCCUAGAAAUGAAAACGUACCACAUUAUAACGCUGCAUGUAAUUCGGAAAUGAAACCACCUGGCUUGUCUCAUUGCAGAGAGGUUAUUGCAGCAUGGGCUAUGGGAACAACAGGAUUAACGUUUCCUGAACAAGCCGGAAUUCGUGUUGGUGGGGCUCGAGGAAGAGAGUACGCUGUCAUUGAAAUGCAUUACAAUAAUCCUAAAAAUAUAUCAGGAAUCAUAGACAAUAGUGGAUUUCGCCUCUAUAUCACAAGUAAACUGAGGCCAUAUGAUGUUGGUGUAGUGGAACUAGGACUAGUUUACUCACCUUACAAUAUAAUCCCACCCAGACAAUCACAGUUCACACUGACUGGUUAUUGUGAUACACAGUGUACUGAUGUGAGUUUACCGAAACCGAAUGGAAUAUUUGUAUUUGCUUCACAACUACAUACACACAAAACAGGAAUCAAAGUUGUUACUCAUCAUUUACGCAACGGAACAAGGCUAUCUGAUCUCAACAGAGAUGAUUACUAUUCACCUCAUUUUCAACAAAUACGUCAACUUUAUGAACAAGUACAAAUUAAACGAGCUAAGUAUUCAUGUACUGGAGAACUAAAUUGUGCAUGGAUUUUCGGGUGCUAUCAUGGUGAUUCACUGAUCACAUCAUGCACUUACAACACAAGCAGCAAGAAUCAAGUAACUCUGGGUGGUCUAGGCAUAAGAAAUGAAAUGUGUAUCAAUUAUAUAUUUUACUAUCCAAAAAUUAAUUUGGAAUUGUGCAAAUCCGAUGUGCUGGUUCGGUCAUUUACCUCAUUCCUGAAAACACUGGAUGAAAACAUAAGUAGUGCAGAAAAUUAUGUUGACAUAAUGGAUACAAUAAACUCUGUUGAAUGGAAUGAAAAAAAUGUUCAAAAUUUGGAGAGAUUUUACAGGAAUUCACCAAUUGAUAUGCACUGUAACAGUUCAAGUGGAACACGUAUAAAGGGUUCGAGAACCUGCAGAUUCCCUGAAAUGGUACCACAAGAAGAUGCAAAGGAUUUUAAUAACAAGUAUUGUACGAGUGAAUCAUCGGAGGUUUAG